AUGGAGGCAGCGGGCGACCCAGAUUGGGCACACGCUGGUCAAGAACAAAGUCAUGUGAUGAGCGCGCAGCGUGAGCAGAUAGCACGCCUCACUGAACAAUUGGAGCGCCUCCGCGUCGCCGAGGGGCAAACUGUGACCCUCCCCGCUGCUGCUGUCUUUCCUCCCGCGUCUCCCCGCGCACACGGCACUCGCACCAGCCCCGCCGGUGACGGUUGGGAAACCGGUCAGGAGCUCCUUACGAUCGCGCAGGGCCCCCACGACGUAGUGGAUUACGCCCUGGAGUUCCGUACCAUUGCUGCAAGGGGCUCAUCGACCUGGCGGUAUGGCUGGACCGCCUUCGCCGCACUAACUGCCCCACGUCGUGGAAUCCCGUACCCACCGAGCCGCUACCUCCAGCAGAACCCAUGCAGCUCGGCCGGGCCCGGAUCCGCGAGGAGGAGAGGGAGAGAGACGACGCAGAGAGGAACGGUGCUUCUACUGUGGGGAGAGCACCCACGUCGUUCGCCAGUGCCCGCAGAGAAGGCCGCGAUCAACCGAGGAGGGCAGGACCAACGAACUCCGUCGUCCCCAGCGCUCAUCGACUCGGGGGCAGCAGAGAACUUCAUAGAUGAGCAGACAGCGCGAACCCUCUGCCUCCCCAUCCAAGCCCUGUCCCCAAUAGGUGGCGGGGUCAUCUCACAUUGUACAGCCCCAAUCACCAUGCAAGCCAGUGCCCUCCAUUAUGAAACCAUCGCCCUGUAUGUCACGGUAUCUACUCGUCACCCCAUCAUUCUCGGCUUACCGUGGCUUGAGCGCCAUGACCCACAGAUAUCAUGGGCGGCCAAACAGGUAACCAGGUGGUCCCCUUACUGCCUACGUCACUGUCUGAUGGGCCACAUGGCUCCAGUAGCCGCCACCACAGUGGAGAGCCCCCUGACCCUGUCACCGUGUCAUCAGAGUAUCAUGACCCCCGUGAGGUAUUCAGUAAGGAACGAGCAAGUGGCCUACCUCCACACAGGGCCUAUGAUUGCGCCAUGGACCUCCUCCCCAGAGCCAGCCCGCCACGGGGUCGAGUGUACCCGCUCUCCCAAGCAGAACAGCGGGCCAUGAACGCAUACAUUCAAGAGGCACUCCAACAGGGAUACAUUCGGCCGUCCACGUCACCCGUGUCCGCUGGGUCCUUCUUCGUGGAGAAAAGGGGAGGGGGUCUGCGACCGUACAUCGACUAUAGGGGUCUCAACCAGGUGACCAUUUAAGUACCGUUAUCCCCUGCAACUAGUGCCCGCAGCCCUUGAACAGCUGAGGUCCGCGUCCUUCUUCACGAAGCUGGACAUACGCAGCGCGUACAAUCUGAUCCGCAUCAGGGAGGGCGACGAGUGGAAAACGGCCUUUAGCACCACUUCCGGGCACUAUGAAUAUUUGGUCAUGCCGUAUGGACUCGCUAACACUCCCUCGGUGUUCCAAAAUCUGAUCAACGAAAUCCUGAGGGAUCUAUUGGGGCACUGCGUCGUCGCAUACAUUGACGACAUACUGAUCUACUCAACGUCCCU